CAAGAUUGAGACAGUCCUGGAGUGAGAGCCCGGCAGAAUCAGCUGUGUGGAGGAAGCAUUUGUUUAUUUUGUGUAAACUUGACAGAACGAAGCUUCCUUACCCUUCUUUCAUCUCACCAUGCGUCCUGCGUUACUGAGACUACCUGUUCUUAACGUGAGGCGUGGGGCAGCGCUACACCUGGGCUGCACACUGUGGCAGGCUGACAAGUCCCUCCUGGCUAAGCUGCGCAGGAAGACAGGGUUCUCCAUCUCCAACUGCAAGAAAGCCCUGGAGCUGCACGACAAUGAUGCUGACAAGGCAGAGUCAUGGCUCCGGGCACAGGCUCAGGCACAGGGUUGGGAGAAGGCCACCAAGCUGUCUGGCCGCAGGACCACACAGGGGCUGGUUGGCAUCCACAUUGAGGGCCACAGUGGAGUCAUGGUGGAAGUGAACUGUGAGACAGACUUUGUGGCGAGGAAUGAAAAGUUUACCACGCUCGUCUCGCAAGUCACUAAGGAUUUCUUCCAGCAGGCAGCCACUGCCACGCCUCAUCCCCAGGGUGUUGUGAAGGAGUCAUUCUCAGAGGAACAGCUGAGGGCGGUGCCGGCGGGGGAAGGCAAGACCCUGGGGGACAAGCUGGCCCUGGCCAUCGGCACCAUUGGAGAGAACAUGAGUCUGCCGAGGGCCACCCGUGUCACCGUGGACCAGGACACCCAGCUGGUGGGGUACUGCCACCCCAGCACUGUGGACCAGGACAUGCCCCGGGGGAGGUACGGCUCCAUCCUGGCACUCAGGACUCACCGUCCCCUCACUGAGGUGGCCAAGCAACUGUGUGCACACGUCAUAGGCAUGAAUCCGAAAGCCAUAGGGGAGGAGGGCGACCCCAAGGCUGAGAACCCCGACGAUGAGACUCUUUUGGUGCAUCAGGAGUUCCUCAGUGACCCGAGCCUCACAGUGGGGGAGGUGCUGCGGGAGGAGGGGCUGCAGGUCGUGGAUUUUGUGCGCUAUGAGGCAGGAGAGACCCAGGUGAGGGAGGAGUGAGGUGCUGCUGAGUCUGUGGAGGUCCCUUGCACUCUCUGAUACGGUGUCCUCAUUUCACUCAUGGCGAAUCAAAUUGUUCUGUUUGUUUUUCAGUUUUGUGUUGUUUCUCUUUUUUAGGUGUUUUUCUCAUGUACUGUCAUCUCAUUCAUAACUAAAGUAUUAGUAAGGCAGUGUGGUAGUGCAGUGUAGUGUGUGGUGGUCAAGGGAAGGCUGUGGUAGUGUGACGUGUGUGGUGGUUGAGGGAAGACUGUUGUAGUGUGGUGGUUGAUGGAGUUGUCAUAGUGUAGUGAACUAAAAGAAAUGUUUGUCUUAUUCCUAGCAGCUCAUGUCCUCCUCCUCAUCCUCAACCUCACCCAUUCAUUACUGCUACACUUCACUCCCAAGUCAUGCUGUUUCCUCUGCAUCACUUCACACACUUCACUGUGACCAAAUACUUCUGUUCUUAUUACUGCAGCCAUUCUGGAGGACCGCCAUUGCUUGCCAGACUGUUUUCACUCGUGUAUCUCCUAAGAGCAUAAGUAAACAAGGGUUGAUGCAAGCUGUCAGGCCUACCCUUGGCAGUCCUUGUAUGAAAUAUGCCUGCCUUUUUCCUCCUAUCAUCUCCAUCCAUAAGUUUGUCUAAUCUUUUAAAGCUCCCUAUUGACUCAGCACUGACAUGGUUGCUGAGUCUGUUCCAUUCAUCUACCACUCUACUUGAGAACCUUUUUUUUUUUUUUAUCUAACUUUCCUUCACAAACUUAUCAGUUGAAAUAGGCUCAUCUGGGAAUUAUUCUUUAUACUGUUAGUGUGUUUAUUAAAGUUUAUGAUUAAAAGUAAUAAGCUGUGUGCAAGGAGAGGAGCAAAUGCAGUUUUUUUCAAGUUGUAGAUGUAUGCAGAAGAAAUCAAGUUUUCUCUGAGAUGUAAAUAAAAAGAAGAGUGUACAUAAUGUAUUGACUCAUGAAUAAAGUGUUGAAUUACAUAAACA